CGACGACAUGGAUUUCUACGAAGGCGACUCAUCCCAGUCGGCGGUCGUGGUGGGCGCACAGCUUCAAGCACCUGCCUCGUCGAUGGUCGACAACAAGACGCGUGCAACGCAGACUUCGGAAGCCAACGAUCCCAAUACGCGCAACGCAGUGAUUGCCAGGAUCAACGCCGAGAAGCUCAAUGACCUACGAGCCAAGUUACUUGCCAGUCGCCAGCACACUCCGGUCAGAGACGCCGCAAAGUCUGUUAAGAACGCCAUGCCCGUCUCCGUCAAGACCGAACUGCUGUCUCGAGCUCAGAGCCCUGCUCUCCCUCCGGACCCCGCCUCGACUAAGAACAAGAUCAACAAACAAGCACCUCAAGUGAAGAACAACAGACCCACUGCUGCCCUAAUGCUCAGCCAGUCAAAUUCAGUCGAUGCUCUGCUUGCAGAAGGUCAUGCGAAGGUCCAGACCCAACAGGAGACUGCCCCAAUCGAGCAGCAACACAACACAGCAGAGUCUGCACCUAAGAUCUCGAUGGCUGUAAAUAUAGUGUCAGCCAAGUCAGCUCCUUCGCCUGCUGCCACUCCCUUGCAGCUCAAUACCGUCGAACAGGACAGUGUCACCAGCGACAAGUCUUCUUCGACUGUCAAGUCGCCAGAACCUUCAACUCAACAGAAGAACAAGCCCAACAGUAUGACUGUAGACAAGAAUGCUUCCCCCAAUCCUGAACAGAAGUCUUCCAAAGACAAGACUGUCAACUUAACUGACCAAUCCGCUGAUACCAACAAACCUGCGCACGCUUUGCCCACCGGGCCUGUACAAAACACUAACCUCAGUUUACCAACUAGAUCUCACAGGGAGAACGAGGCCGGCGAUUACUUCAAGGACGUCGAUCUAUGGUUGAAAAUCACGGGCUACCACGACACCAUUUUCCGUGAACAGAAGCUCCAAACUUACAAGAAGCGUGCUGCGCUCGAAGAAAAGAAACGUAUUCUGGAGCGUGAAUUUGCCGAGCUCGAACGUCUCGAGGCUGCUGUGGCUAAUGACCCUAGCACCAGAGACUGGAUGCGAGGUACUUCUGCUGCGUUUAUGCCUCCUCCACCUCUUCCUGCUUUGGCAUCGACCGAUGAACAGGCGACUCUUUCGAUGGGCACCACUUCGGCCUCUACUCAGCCUGUCACUGUCGGAGCCAAACGCCCUCGCUCGCCGUCUGCUCCAGUGAACAAAGACCACCGCGAGAAGUUGAGUCGUCUGAACACAUCUGGUCGUGCCGUGCGUAAAGACGACCUCUUUGAUAAGCCUCUGUCUGCCGGCGCUUCCAGACGUGAUUCGGACCAGAGAACCCAUUACGUUAGUGACAGAUCGGACAGACUCGAGUAUCGCCAACGUGCCUUCGAGGUUUCUCCUACCCGUCAAUCUAUAUCUGUUCGUGGUCAGGCAUACCGUCCUGCUGCCGUCGACAGUCCAUUCAGUCGUCGUGAGUGGAAUGCUCCCAGAUCUCCCGAACAAUGGUCCACACGCAACAAUGGAUGGAACUCUACUUCUUUCUCGAAUGUCAACGAGCAACCCAUUGGCCAGGGCAGCCACCCGAGCAACAAAAGUGGGUACACGCCUUCCAACCCUAGAUCCAGAUACAACAGAUAAACCUGUUGUAGUUUUGGUCCUACACAAGCAUGCAUUCGAAUUGUUUAGUCGGCGCAUAUUGGGAAGAUGUAGAAAGUUCUUCCAGCAUGAUUAGCAUUUUGAUAGCGAGGAGUUUUGGGGAUAUUCAACAAAUGCCCAUCACGAAUGAAUGCUCUUCUGUUAUACCUACUAUCACGAACAUGAAUUAUCUCAAUUGGCC